CAAAUAAAGAAUUUCUACACUGAUAGUCAUUAUAAACUUACAUAAUCUUUGCAGAGCCCUGUGAGCCGGAGUAACCGAUUACCGCGCCCCUUAAUACAUCGCUUUCGCCAUUCUUAUCUCUAAUGAUAACACGUCACAAAUUUGAGUCACACAAUGUAAUCAAACCGUAGGGACUGCACGUCUAAACACUAGCUUCAAUUGUUUUAAAAAAAAGGUGUCAAGUUAUGUGCAAAAAGUUUCGAUAUGUGACAAGAUUUGAAUGGUGAAGUUGUUCUAAUUUCGAAAUAAAUUAAAACUGAGGUGAAAAGGCAGUAAUGAUAUCAAGACGUAAUGUUUCGCCUAUCCACCACGAUAUGUGUUCUGCUGCUGACCAGUAUGGCCGACGGAGAGGCCUUAGAACUUGACAGGGACCUGACAGAUCUCUGCUUCAUAUGUACCUGCAGUGCUGACCAAACUACCAUCGACUGCUCGCAAAGAGGACUGACGGAUAUCCCAGAUGGGUUUAGUAGUCAGGUGCAAAAACUAAACAUCUCGAAUAACGACAUUUCCGUCUUUCCUGCGAAUUUGAACAAGUUCCAUAAUAUAGUUUCGUUGGACAUCAGUGGGAACCGACUGUCGGAAAUACCUAAGAAUGCACUACAGAACCUUUCAUCACUCGAGGAACUCUUCCUAUCGAGAAAUUAUUUCGACUCAUGGGUUGCACUCAACCCAAAUGAUGUGUUCCAACCAGCCACCAGUUUAAAAGUACUAGAUUUAUCACACAAUAAAUUCAAAACGAUGGGCAACCUCGCCAACUUGGAGCUGAUCAUAAGUCAUUCUCUGGAAACUUUAAUACUAGAACAUUGCGAGAUAGACUCCUUACACGGAAGAUCUCCUUUGAGUGGGUUGACUAACAUCAAAGUCCUGAAGCUCAGCUUUAACCCGUUAAUAAGAAUCCACAGCCUCAUUUCAUCUACUUUGAAGACCCUUGACGUCAGCAACUGUGCUCUUAGCAGAAUAAAUCAUAACGAAUUGAUGUAUUUACCCUCCUUAGUGUACUUAAAAAUGUCUCAUAACUAUCGUCUGGAACUAUCAGCCAGUGCUUACAAUUUGUUUUCAGACUCAUUAAGAUACUUGGACAUCUCUUACUGCAAUGUACUGCAACCUAAUCUUCAAGGUUUCCCAAAUCUAAGGAGAGCAAUACUAAAUCAUAACAUGAUUCGAUUUCUACGAAGCAAUGAAUUUGAAAAUAACACUAUGCUAGAAUACUUAGACUUAUCUUACAAUAACAUCGGAUCGUUGAAAAGUGAUACAUUCCGCGGUCUGACGUUAUUAAAAUAUCUAGAUUUAUCUUGGAAUGAAAUAGCGACCAUACCUCAUGAUACGCUACUAGAAAUGCCAACGCUAACACAAGUUAAACUAUCGCGCAAUUAUAUAACGAGUGUUGGACAUUUAAAAUCGAAUUCGGUUACAGUACUUGAUUUGAGUUUAUGUGAAAUUAGCAGUAUUGGUGUGGAUGCAUUGGAAGGGCUUAAAAGUCUCGUAGAUUUGGAUUUAUCUCGAAAUCUUCUGUCACAUAUUCCUGAUGGUGUAUCGUCUAAUACCUUGAAAUUUUUAAACUUGAACUACAACCGAAUUACUUUCAUUAAUAAUUACACAUUCUUCAUGCUUCCUCGCCUAACAGGCCUAAGUGUUAUUGGAAACAGAUUUACUGCCAUCUGGAAAAGAUCGUAUUUCGAUUCUAAUCCGUAUCUCGAAAGACUAGAUUUAUCCGAUAACAUGUGGAGAUGUGAUUGCUUAGACGUAAAUAUGUAUGAUUUUUUCGAGUACGUUACUUUAGAACCAAGCAAAAAGGAAGAAUCAUACAACUUAAUUUGUAACAGCCCAAUUUCAAUGUAUGGACAGACCUGGUUAUCAGCCUGUUACUUUAUCUGGAAUCCCACCGCUAAAACACCAAAUCCAGAUAGCUUAAUAUGGUUCAUAACUAUAAUGAUCAUAGGAUUAGUGACAUGUCUUUUAUUAGUGAACUGUAUAAGAAGAUCCACACAGCGCCGCUUGGCCUCAAUUCAAGCUGAAAGGGAGCGACAAGUGGAAGAGGCACGAGAUCGGUUGAGGCAACUGAGAAUGAGAGCUGAACAAGAAGCUUUAUGUAACACGCCAGACCCUCGAGACCUGAUCGCACCACCCUCGUACGACGAAGCUCUGUCAAUGCCAAAACUGAACGCAUCGUGCCACUCCCUUAAUGAAACCGGUUCUGGUAAGACUAGACGAAAGAGAGGCCGCAGGAAAACUAAAUCCAGCGGUGAUUUAUUGGAAGAAACUGAAAGGAACGGCGAUGUAGCAGUAGGUGGUGUUGAACUAACAGAUAUGUCCGAUGAUGGAAGACGUGCGAAUAGACCAAAGAGGCAGAUUAGCAGAUACGGUAGCCAUGAAGUAGCGGAGCUGGAGCAGUCGCCAGGUGCUCGGCGGCGAAGAAUGUCAGAGUAUAACGCAGAGUUCAAUGAGCCAAAUGGUGACGUAGUGACUGUUGAAGUUCAGGCAGAGAUGGAGAGACCCUUACGACCAAGAUUAAGAAGGUAUUCGAACGACGACGGUCAGCCCCGAGAAAGCGACUUUUAAAUGGAUGAGAUUACAAGUAUUUUUAAGGUAAAGUAAGAUGUUAAGAAAUAUUUCCUUUUGUUAAUAGAUAGAAACAGUACCUAAGUUAAAUGUGCUAAUGUUAAGUAUUUUGUAAAGUUUGUUUUAUGAAUAGUAAAUAUGUUACUAAUUAUA